AUGAACACUCUCCGUGUCGCUCGCGCAGCCCUUAGGGCUCGUCCCGCAGCCAUGCGGCUCCCUAUUCAACCCCUUCAGCGAAGGACCUACGCUGAAGCUGCAUCGGACAAGAUCAAGCUGAGCUUGUCUCUCCCUCAUCAGUCUAUAUACAAGUCCCAAGAUGUUGUUCAAGUCAACAUCCCCGCCGAGUCUGGAGAAAUGGGUGUUCUUGCCAACCACGUACCUUCGAUUGAGCAAUUGAAGCCAGGUCUGAUCGAAGUCGUAGAGGAGACCGGUAGCAGCAAGCAAUUCUUCCUCUCCGGUGGUUUUGCCGUCGUGCAGCCCAACUCAGUUUUAAGCAUCAACGCUGUUGAGGGAUAUCCUCUUGAAGAUUUCAGCGCAGAAGCUGUUAAGGCACAAAUCGCCGAAGCACAAAAGGUUGCGAAUGGUAGCGGAAGUGAGCAGGACAUUGCGGAAGCCAAGAUUGAGCUAGAGGUUCUAGAGAGCUUGCAAGCUGUUCUCAAAUAG